CCCCGCCGCCAGCUCGCCUCACUUAUGGGUCGGAAGCGCUGCGUGGGGGAGACUGUUCCAAGAUGGCGGCGGGUUGCUGUGGGGUGAAGAAGCAGAAACUGUCCAGUUCGCCCCCCUCCGGCUCGGGUGGCGGUGGUGGCGCCUCCUCCUCCUCCCACUGCAGCGGGGAGAGCCAGUGCCGAGCCGGAGAGCUGGGACUAGGAGGCGCCGGGACGCGGCUCAACGGACUGGGCGGGCUGAGCGGCGGCGGCGGCAGCGGCGGCGGCGGCGGCUGUACCCUCUCUCCCCCUCAGGGCUGCGGCGGCGGCGGCGGCGGCGGCGGGGGCAUCUCGCUGUCUCCACCUCUGAGCUGCGGAGUGGGAACCCUACUUUCUACUCCGGCCGCCGCCACCGCCUCCUCGCCGUCCUCCUCGUCUUCAUCCCCCGGCUCCCGGAAGAUGGUGGUGUCAGCGGAGAUGUGCUGCUUUUGCUUCGAUGUGCUCUACUGUCACCUGUAUGGAUACCAGCAGCCCCGGACCCCCCGCUUCACCAACGAGCCCUACCCACUGUUUGUAACAUGGAAGAUUGGUCGAGACAAAAGACUGCGUGGAUGCAUAGGUACCUUUUCUGCCAUGAAUUUGCAUUCAGGACUCAGGGAGUACACACUUACCAGUGCCCUUAAAGACAGCCGUUUUCCACCAAUGACAAGGGAUGAGCUGCCACGGCUUUUCUGCUCGGUGUCUCUGCUCACUAACUUUGAAGAUGUUUGUGACUAUUUGGACUGGGAGGUGGGUGUGCAUGGCAUUAGAAUAGAAUUCAUCAAUGAAAAAGGAUCAAAACGCACCGCCACCUACCUGCCGGAGGUUGCAAAGGAGCAAGGAUGGGACCAUAUUCAGACCAUAGACUCAUUACUGAGAAAAGGAGGAUACAAAGCUCCAAUCACUAAUGAAUUCAGAAAAACCAUAAAGCUGACCAGGUACCGUAGUGAAAAGAUGACCUUGAGUUAUGCUGAAUACCUUGCUCAUCGCCAGCAUCAUCACUUCCAAAAUGGCAUCGGGCAUCCCCUUCCGCCAUACAACCAUUAUUCCUGACACUGAGCCGCACAACCAGUCACUGGGCCUCACUGCAGACCUCUUCCCGGGAGACCCUACACCUUCUUGGUCUAGCUAUCUCUUUUACUGUACCAUUUUAUGAUGAUAGUUUCCGUUGCCAUGGUGAAGCUUCGACAUUGUUAGUUAAGACCAUCAUGGUAACGGGUAGGACAAUGGCAUUUGUUAAGAAGAUCCUGUUUUAUUAUUUUAGAUCACAGAUUCUUUUUUGCAGCACAUACAGCUUUUGGGGUUUUCUUUCCUUACAAUAUUAG